GCGCUGUUGCGGCCGCCGUUGUUCAUGACGUGUCAUGGCAGUCGAAUUUUUGAUGUGUUGAACGAUUAUAAGAACUUUGGCAAACUUGUGAGAGUCUUGUAUGCAUACGCCGAAAAGCACACACAAUUCAUUAAAAAGUCUAUAAAGCAGCGCGUACCAUGCUUACUAGUAAAUUUUUGUUUUUAAAUAUUUGACCUACUGCGUGUGACUCGAAUGAAUCACACAUACAUAUCUAGUGUAAAUCGGGUGACAAUUAGUAGCGCAAUAUAAUAACUGGACAACAAGUACAAAAGCGCACAACGUUAGUGUCUGUGUUGCAAGUGUGAAAAAUCGCCACAGGCGAGAAAAAUGUCGAAAACGAUUUUUCUCUUGUAUGCUUUAUGCAUAUUUACUGGUAAUUAUGCUUUUUAUCUGCCAGGCCUUGCACCGGUUAACUUUUGCGAGCAAGAUGCGGAAACAUGCAAGUCUGAUAUUCGAUUAUAUGUGAAUCGUCUGAAUUCUGAGCAAUCGGUGAUUCCUUUUGAGUAUCAUCACUUUGAUUUUUGCCUAACUGACGAAAGCCAAUCCCCAUCUGAAAACUUAGGUCAAGUUUUAUUUGGAGAACGUAUACGUCCUUCUCCUUAUAAAUUAAAGUUCAAAGUUGAUGAAAAAUGUGCAAAAGUUUGUUCAGUAAAAAAGUAUUCUGGUGAUAAUGAAGAAGAUGAAAAAAAAUUACAAGUUUUAAGAACAGGAAUACAAUAUUCUUAUCAACAUCAUUGGAUAGUUGACAAUAUGCCAGUGACUUGGUGUUAUCCUCUGAAUGAUGGUCAUCAGUAUUGCAGCAUUGGUUUCCCAAUGGGGUGCUAUUACAAAGAAUCUUGGUCUCAACAAGACAGUUGUAGCAUAGAUCCAACCUUGUACAACAAACCUAAAACUUACUAUCUGUUUAACCAUGUUGAUUUAUUGAUUACUUAUCAUAAUGGUGCUAAUGAAGAUUGGAAUGCUGGAACAAAGACAAGUAGCGGCCGAAUAAUAUCUAUAAAAGUUACACCACGAAGUAUAAAUCAUGACAACUUUGAGUCACCAGAUUGUCAGAAUAAAAAGCCACUAGAAAUACCUUCAGAACGAUUGGCACCUAAUCAGAAAAUCAAUGUGUUGUAUACAUAUAGCAUCCGUUUUCAAGAAAAUAACACUAUCAAAUGGUCUUCAAGAUGGGAUUAUAUUUUAGAAUCCAUGCCCCAUACUAAUAUACAGUGGUUUAGUAUACUUAACUCUCUAGUUAUUGUAUUAUUUUUGUCUGGAAUGGUGGCAAUGAUAAUGCUUCGUACACUACAUAAAGACAUUGCUCGAUACAAUCAAGCUUAUUUUCAGAUUGAAUCAGGAGAAGAUGCUCAAGAAGAAUUUGGAUGGAAACUGGUUCAUGGGGAUGUCUUCAGACCUCCCAGGAAAGGAAUGCUGCUGUCAGUACUUUUGGGAUCUGGUGUUCAAGUCUUCUUCAUGGCACUAGUCACUUUGGCCUUUGCUUGUCUCGGAUUUCUUUCACCUGCAAAUAGAGGAGCUCUUAUGACUUGUGCUAUGGUUUUAUAUGUGUGCCUGGGAAUAGCUGCCGGUUACACUUCAGCUCUAAUUUAUAAAAGUUUUGGCGGAGAAAAAUGGAAAUCAAAUGUUUUGCUUACAUCAAUGUUGAGUCCAGGAAUAGUUUUUAGUCUAUUUUUCAUUAUGAAUCUAAUAUUUUGGGCUGAAGGAAGCUCAGCAGCUGUUCCUUUCAGUACUCUAGUGGCUAUUCUAGCUUUGUGGUUUGGUAUAUCUGUUCCUUUGACCUUUGUUGGGGCAUACUUUGGUUUUAGAAAAAGGGCUAUUGAACAUCCCGUUCGUACGAAUCAAAUCCCUCGUCAAAUACCUGAACAAAGUUUUUAUACACAAGCAAUUCCUGGAGUCAUUAUGGGAGGUGUUUUACCCUUUGGAUGUAUAUUCAUACAAUUGUUUUUUAUUCUCAAUUCUCUAUGGUCGAGUCAAAUGUAUUACAUGUUUGGCUUUUUAUUCUUAGUAUUUCUUAUUCUUGUGAUCACAUGUUCUGAAACAACUAUUCUUCUGUGUUAUUUCCAUCUUUGUGCCGAGGAUUAUCAUUGGUGGUGGCGUAGUUUUCUUACGUCAGGUUUUACAGCAUUCUAUUUACUAAUUUAUUGCAUACACUACUUUAUAACUAAACUCAAUAUUGAGGAUGCUACUUCAACCUUUCUUUACUUUGGAUAUACUAUGAUUAUGGUUUAUUUGUUUUUCCUAUUGACAGGUUCUAUUGGCUUCUUUGCCUGUUUAUGGUUUGUUAGAAAAAUUUACAGUGUAGUCAAAGUUGACUAAUUUGACCGCAAGUGAACUACAAAAUAUUGAAAAUAUCUUAAUCACAUACAAAAUCCAAAGGGAAAUAGUUUAGUUUUCUUUUUUUUUGUAGGAAAUUCAUAAAUUUCAUAUUUCUAGCAUAAUAGCAUCAUUUCCUUUGGUAAAAUUGUGUACUACAUACAAAAUUGUAAAAAAAAAACUAUCUAAGUACACUGAAAUGUAAUGAAAACUAGUAGAACGAUGGAUUUAAAAAAAUAUCUGUCAUAAGAGAAUACAAAAGCAGAACGGAUUGAUCAUGUUGACAGAAUUAAUUUUUCAUCGAAAUUAUUUUUUUUUGUCGUUUUACUUUUAUAUAGCUAAAAUAAAGAAAACUUGAUUAAAGUCUGUAACAAUAACUUGUGAAAUGUUAACUUAUUAUCAUUUAAUUUAAGAAUUGAUGUAUAACACAGACAAUUUCUAAUGCGACUCCACUAAAAAAAUGAAGAAUUAUCUUUAACGUGACUAAUACGUUUGGAAAAUUUGAAAAGAUUUUAUUGCAAAAUAAUAUUAAAAAUAAUACAAAUAUUAAAAUAUCUUGCUUUGAUUUUUAAUAAUGAUGUAGAAGAAAUAGAAAGAUAAGAUGGUCAAAUGCACACGAAAGUGUCGAUGAUUUGUGUAAAUUAUUGUGAUGUUAAACAGUGUUAUUAAUGAAAAAAGUGAGUCAUACUAGUGUCAACACAUUGUAGUAAUAUUUAUAAAGUAAGGAUUAUAACCAUCGUAAAUUUUUCCAAAUUUUUUCAAUAAUAGUAGGUACUAGAAUUUUUUUCACUGAAAAUAAUUCUUCAUAACAAGAUUGUACAACUGUAAAUUUUUAGAAAUAAUUAUGAAAUCGUGUACAGUGAUGAAUAAAUGUGUUUGCGUUUUCUAUUUCUAAUAUAAUAAUAAUAAUAAUAAUAAACAACUUC